ACUGAGCAUGAGGUCAAAAGAUCAGGAAACCUAUGUAGGAAGUAAAAGGCCAAUUGUGAGCCUUCGAGUCAGCCAUGCAGUAGCAGGGGCUAGAGAGGGACAGAGGUUGUGUGCUGCUAACAGCAUCCUCUGUGAAUGGGAACAGUCAAGUCUGCCCAAUCUUGGUGACUUAACACAGAACUGUAAUUAUGCUCACAAAUUCGACGGCUUAGACCCUUGGCAAGGAUGGGACGAGAGGGUCCCUAUGACAGGACUUCAGGACAAGCUCAUGUGGUGGAGAUUGAAAUGAUCUGGAAGCUUCUUCACUGUUGCCUGUGGUGCCUGGGCUGGACGGCUCUGAACACUCAUCUGGAACUCUUGCACACGUGAUAUCUAAUGACUUGGGCCUUCUCACUGUGUGGUGGCAUCAAGAUGUGUUGGCUUUUCUGAUGGAGGCUCAGAGCUUUGAGAGUAUCUACAGGGAGAAAAGUCAAAAUGUGGAGCCCUUUAUGACAUCACCCAUGCCUGUGGGUCAGAGCUCCUGCAGCAGAGAAAGUUUAGAAGCAAGGACACAGCCCCUGGCUCUCAAAUGAUUGCCAGUGUACUUGGACCACAAUUACCUGGCUAUAUCAUAUCACAUCAUUUUCGAUGUCAGAGGGGAUGUAGUGUGGGGAGACACUUGUAUUUAAGAGGGUUUCAGAGCCUUCCAACUGAGUGCAAACAGACUUAGAAUACCCUGACAUUUUGUUUUGUUUUAUGUGCACGAAAGCAAAUCUGACAAACUUGUUCUUGAUGAAUCUAAAAUAGAUCUUUUAAUUCAUUUAACGUGCAAAUGCCUUACAGUACAUAGCAUCGGAUUGGUGGGCUUUUGUUUCUGUUUUAGGAAUUAUUUGAAAUGAUAGAGUAUGUUGAACAGGUGAUGCUUUCAAAUCUGGUGUAUUUCCCAUUGGUAUACAUGAUGGUUCUCCUGACUUGCAACUAAGAAACGCAGCAGGGUCCAAACAGGAGAUGAACGUUAGCCCAGGUGCCUCUGAGAAAGCCUCUAGGAGAUUCUGAGUUCCACCUCCCCGUUCAGGCCUUCCCAAGGAGCCCCAUCUUGAAAGCUCUCCUGCCCUAUUCUUUCGUAGGGUCCAUCUGUUCAAAUAUAGUAAAAUGGUUAUGUCACCAAGGUUGGAUGGCUUGCCACACAGCAGUGGAUGACUGGACUGUCAUGUUCACAGAAGAUAGUGGCAGGAACCUGUCCUCUCCACCCCUUUCUACACUUUGUCAUCACCUGGCUGUCUUGAGGACCCACAAACAGCUUCCAAUUUCCCACAUGGACUUCCUUAUUCAUGAUGCCUGUGAUCUUGACCACUUUAAAAUGCCAUCUCAGUGAACAAAAUAUCUGGAUUUAGUGGCAAGCACAGAGAACUUCCUGUACCAGCAUGUUGACUGGAAAAACAACCAUGAACUUGGCUUGGACCCCAGAACUGUCUACCGCGAAGACCAGAACCCAAGGCUUAUGUGGCCCCGAAAGAACUCGAAAUUUGAACCAUGCCAGGCCACCCCUGACAUCUACUUCAUUAUGGAUAAGUCUCGUCGCAUGCUGCACGGCUGGCCACAUGUUCCCAAGUUUGUGCUGGAUAUGGUGACAAGGUUAUCAAACCAGAAUCUGCGGGUAUCCAUCAUCACCUACUCCUGUAAGGGCAACAUCUUCCUGCCCAUCACUGGGGACAGAGAGGAAAUCCUCAAGGGUAUCGAAAGAAUGAAGUAUACCAUAACCACAGGACACGAGCACAUUUACCAAGGGUUGUGGAAGGCAACUAAACAGAUGAUAAAGGCCAACAGAAGAGGCGCCGGGAGGCCCAGCAUGAUCAUCUUCUUGCUCAACGGCCCUCUAAGCAAUCAGGCCUAUGGGUAUUCACUGGAUGAGGCUAAUGAUGCUCGGAAAAUGGGAGCAACCAUUUACGGCGUGGGUACAGGCCAGUCUGAGAGAAAUCAGAUAAUAGGACUUACGGGUGGUCCAGACUAUGCAUUUACAAAUAAGAGACCUGAAGAUCUGAAUGACCUCAUUAAUCCAUUAGCAUCCAAGAUCUGUCCAUCCCUUAAAACUGCAGUUACCCGCAUUAUAUGUAUAAAAGAAUCAAACCCAGUGGUACUUGAAGGAUAUGGCUUUGACUUCGCCAUGCGUAAAGAAGAUGUUAUCUGCAGGUUCUACUUAGGAGGCGUAAAACAUCUCAAAGAUGCCAACCCCAUCAAUAUAACCAAGACGACUAUUACUUGUCCUGGACCAAUUGUAGAUUCUGAAGGAAGAGCGAUCAAUAUUCUACUCAGCCUGGACAACGGAAAAAACUUCCUGAAUAACGGUUUAUACGUUGCCAGUAGGAUAUGUGGCAAAAGUCCACUAACUACAGUUAAAACCAGCGGAAAAACUACAACCAUAACUACAAAAACUACAAGGAGGACUACCACCACAACUCCAUCCACUACAACUACUACACCCACCACCAUCACAGAGAAACCGAAGCCAAGCAUCGAUAAAUUCAUUUUUGUCCCUAUACUUCUGGCCCUGCUGCUGUCGAUGUUGCUGAUUGGUUGUUGCUGGCAGCUGUGCUGUGUUCCGCCUGUAGAGGAGCUGCCCCCACCUCAGCCCCGACCACAGCCUGUCAAGGCACGGCCAGCACCUGCACCACAACCAAAGCCCAGAGAGAAGGAACAACCUCCUCGGGUGACUCCCCCAGCACCCACAGUACCUGUAAACUCAACCUCCAUUGUGAUCAUCUGCUGUUGCACCUGCCGUGGCCUCUAUGUGAGCAGAGAUGUGGAGGGCAAUGUGACUGUGUGUAACUUCAAUCCCCUAUGCUGUCCCCAGUUGUCAUUGAUAUGGCCUCAGUAUGGUAACCAGGGGUGGUUUACCAAUGUGGCACUCGCAAAGGAACCCUGCAUUCCCAAGUUCAGCCUGCCACCCAGCCCGGAGUCUCUGCGUCUAGCUUCCUGCUCUCAGUGCCACCGUCUCCCAGAUAGGCGUCCCAGGCGUCCCUUGGGGUUGUGGCGGCUUGCUCUUCAUUCCUGGGUUCCCAGAGUGCCUCGGUCACUCCCACCUACCUAGUGGAUAUCUCAGGUGCCACCAAGCUAAGGCUAAGAGGUCUUUGCUGCUAUAUUCUGUGUAUUGGGUUUAGGAUUUUAAUAAAGGAAGUAAUAGAUUGAAA